ACGUGUUUCAAGAGGACUUUAUGGACUUUAGUGACAUGUUUGUGACAUUCUGGACAUUUUCUCUCUGUCUGGCUUUCAUCGUCUGGAUUCCUGUUGAAGGUAGGCCAGAGGUGAUUGGUUCAACUCAGGCAAUCAUCGCUUCUCCAGGUGAUGAUGUCAUCCUGCCAUGUCACCUGAGCCCGGAGUUUGACGUACAGGAGCUGACGGUGGAGUGGUCGAGGCCUGAUCUGAAGCCUGACCCCUCUGAUAGGCUGAGCCGAGUCGCCUAUGUCCAUCUUUACCGGGGCGGACGAGAAGUCCCCGACAUGAAGAACCCGGUUUACAUCAGCAGGACAGAGCUGUUCGUGGACCAACUGGAGCACGGAAACAUAUCACUGAAAAUCAUGAACGUGACUCUUGCAGAUCAAGGGAGAUUCAGAUGUUUGGUCCCCAAGUUGAAGAGCAGAGUGAAAUUUGCAAUUGUUGAACUUGUUGUUGAACCAAACUCUGAUAAAACCGUGACAACAGAGAUGCCACUACAUUCCAGAAAUCUCCAAACUCCUGAUCCGAUGGAUGAGACAGACGUAAAAGGUGUUCGUGCCAAUUGGAUUGCUGUAAUAUCGAGUGUGGUGGUUUUCUGCAUCGUAUUAAUCGCUAUAGUCUGUGCAUAUUUAUUUAAACAAAGGUGUCAAAACCCAAAUCAUCCGAAGUAUGACGAAGUUCAUGCUUCAAGCACACCACUUCCAGCUUGACCCAAAGGCUCAAAGGCACAUUGUGGCUGAUGUAAAAGGAGAAGAGAGCGUUAACCUGGA